UCCUACCCUCGGCCUCCCUGGCGCGGCUCACUCCCCGCCGGCCGCAGCCCGACACGCCGUGCGGCCCCCCAGUCUCCCGCGGCCGCCUCCCCCAGGCAUGGCACAGGGCCUCGCCUCACUAUGGCAGCAGCACGGCACAGCACGCUCGACUUCAAGCUCGGCGCCAAAGCUGAUGGCGAGACCAUUCUGAAAGGCCUCCAGUCCAUUUUCCAGGAGCAAGGGAUGACGGAGUCCGUGCACAACUGGCAAGACCAUGGUUAUCUAGCGACCUAUAUCAACAAAAAUGGCAGCUUUGCCAGUUUGAGAAUUUACCCGCAUGGAUUGGUGUUGUUGGAUCUGCAGAGUUAUGACGGUGAUUCGCCGGGCCAAGAAGUGGACAGUCUUUUGAACAAAGUAGAAGAAAGAAUGAAAGAAUUGAGUCAGGACAGUACUGUGCGGGUGAAGCGAUUACCACCCAUAGUUCGAGGCGGAGCUAUCGACAGAUACUGGCCCACCGCUGAUGGUCGCCUGGUUGAGUAUGACAUAGAUGAAGUGGUGUAUGAUGAAGAUUCACCUUAUCAGAACAUUAAAAUUCUACACUCGAAGCAAUUUGGGAAUAUUCUCAUCCUUAGCGGGGACGUUAAUCUGGCAGAGAGUGAUUUGGCGUAUACCCAGGCCAUCAUGGGCAGUGGAAAAGAAGACUACAGUGGCAAAGACGUGCUGAUUCUUGGGGGUGGAGAUGGGGGCAUAUUAUGUGAAAUAGUCAAACUGAAACCAAAGAUGGUCACUAUGGUAGAGAUUGACCAAAUGGUGAUUGAUGGAUGUAAGAAAUACAUGCGAAAAACAUGUGGGGACGUCUUAGACAAUCUUAAAGGAGACUGCUAUCAGGUUCUAAUAGAAGACUGUAUCCCAGUACUGAAGAGGUACGCCAAAGAAGGGAGAGAGUUUGAUUAUGUGAUUAAUGAUUUGACAGCUGUUCCGAUCUCCACAUCUCCAGAAGAAGAUUCCACAUGGGAGUUUCUCAGACUGAUUCUUGACCUCUCGAUGAAAGUACUGAAACAGGAUGGGAAAUACUUUACACAGGGUAACUGUGUCAAUCUGACGGAAGCCUUGUCGCUCUAUGAAGAACAGCUCGGGCGCCUGUAUUGUCCUGUGGAAUUCUCAAAGGAGAUCGUCUGUGUUCCUUCAUACUUGGAAUUGUGGGUAUUUUACACUGUUUGGAAGAAAGCUAAACCUUGAAGACCAAUCUCCUAAUCAUGUGUGCUGUACAUGACAUCGAAAUGAGUCAGGCAAUUGAUUGUGAUUUCCUUCAAGUUUUCUUUUUUUAAUUAUUAUUUUUAAUUUAAACAAAGCAAAUGGAAAAUGUAUAUUUUGAUGUGCUAGGGUGUUAAUUUUUUUUGAAAGUCAGCUGAAGGAUGAUUAGACAGCACAGCAAAGGCUGCUAAAUGCACUGAACCCCUAGAAUGUGAUUUUUGUUACUUUUUGUGUGUGUGUGUGUGGGCCUUUUCUUUUUGUUUCGGUAGACUUCGAAUUUGGCUAUUUGGAGGAAUGAACAUCAUUGUUUUGUUCUGGAGGGAAGUUCUUUGAUGGUGUUUCUUUUCCCAAAAAAUUGACUUAGCUAUUAAAAUUUGGUGCUUAUAAGAAAGAGUUAAGAAAAAAAUGAAUAGUAAUGCUUCGAUUAAAAUUAUAAAUGAGAAA